UAGCCUAACUGGAAACAUCUGAGCAGUACAGAAUUUUAUGUGCGAGCAAAUUCAUUAUCUGUUACUUACUUUUACUUUCCAUCUGUACUUGGUAGUCCUUGGAAUCUCUGCUGUGUAAUCCUCUAAAUAUCUUUGAUAAGGUCCACACUGUUUAGCCACGUUAGCUCUAAUGAGCUAGCUCAGCUUCUUCCAGGUAGUAUCACCACAGAAAUUUCUGGUACGGCACUUCUGGCCAUGGUCCCGCCCCUACCUGGCAGCCAAUGGGAGCCUCCCAAUUUUAAAUUAGCGCUCACGCGCCAAUUCAAGGUCUCCCUUGCAAAAAAAAUAAAUAAAUAACGGUCUCAACCAGUAUCAACAAGGAAAGGAGAAGAAGGAGAAGACAUAUCCUAGCUAAAAUUGAAUUUUCAGCAUUAGAUACCACAAUGCCAUUUGCCAUUUAUUAUUUCAAGGACAAGACUGUGGAAGUUGGGAAGAUUUUAUGGAUGAGUACUGACGACCAGCAACAAUGUCCAAAAGUAAUCACUCAGUGCCCUGAUUUAGAAGAAGAAGACGGAUGGAUGGAGAUAAAGUGGGACAUAAAAGGCAGAAAAAAGUCAGCUCCAGCCUUUUUCCCAGCAAAGGUUUUGAUGGUUGGUGAAGAGAAAGAAGUCAUCGUGUGCUGAAAAAGAGUGAUGAUAGAAGAGCUGAAGAAGCAGCUGGCAAACAAAAUACCUUCAGAGUCAACUAACUCAAAUGAGGAGUCAUCAGAUGAGGAGCAGCUGCCCAGAAACCUGGAGUGGAGCACAGAAGAAAGUGAAAGAGCUUCAGAGAGAAAUCGAGAGCCUGAAAGCAGACUAUGGGAAAGAGAUACUAGAUGCUAUGAGAGAGCUUCCAGCAGUAGUGACAAUGCUGAAAGAGAUCUUAGAAAAAAAUCACUGUUCAGAUCUCAACUCCUGCUUCCACCUGGUCAACACCCACACCAGACCAACAAGUUUGACCACCCGCCUCUCCUCAAGUGUUGUCUGACCCUCAUAAUAUGGUGCCUCUAUAUGCCAGGUUGUGAUGUAAAAGUCCCAAGACUAAAGCUGAAGUCUCUGCGAACUGCAAGUUCAGCAUUGUACAUUGGGGAUCUUGCGGUGUUCAUCUAUGGUAGACACGCUGUCCAACUCAAGUUUGACCCGGAGGCAGUCGGGGCCCACAAAGAUGUGGAAUCAAAACCACAACUGGAUAACACCAAGCUUGAUGCUAUAUUUGACCAUGCCCAGGUGAAAUCUCCUGACACCCACCAUGCAAGAUGUGAGACGAAUCAUAAGAAAGAAAUGCAACAACAUAAGCUACACCAACAAGUAGAUGAAAAGAAGUCAUAAAAGUACAGAUUUUGUUUCUGUCUUUUUUAUUUUUGGUUCCAAAGGUGCGCUUUUCUUUUACCUUUUUUGACAAGGAAGGACUUUAUUUCUCAGUUGAAGAUGCUAUGUUUACAUUUUUACAAGCAUAUGCACAAGUUUUGCUUUACCACUUUUUACAAAUAAGGACUUGAUCUUGGAGAGACCAUUAUGUUUACAUUUUUAGAUGCAAAUGUGCACUUUUUCCUUUCAUUUUCUCCAGUAAGGAAGAACUUGAU